CUUCCUGCUCUGGCCGAGAAGGCCCUGCCGGGCGGCGGCGACCACAGCGACCGAGCCAUGGUCGCACUGGAGAACCCGGAGGGCGGCUCGGAGGAGGCGGCGGCGGCGGUGGGAAGCGCCCCGGGCGGGCGGCGGACGCUGCCCCUUCCGCGCUGCCUGCCCACGCUAGCUGGCCCCCAGGCAAAGAGGCUGUCGGCCUCCAAGCGAAAACAGCAUUUCAUCAACCAGGCUGUGCGGAACUCAGACCUUGUGCCCAAGGCCAAGGGGCGGAAGAGCCUCCAGCGACUGGAGAACACCCAGUACCUCCUAACCCUGCUGGAGACAGAUGGGGGCACAGCCGGUCUGGACGACGGGGACCUGGCACCCCCAGCAGCACCCGGGAUCUUCGCAGAGGCCUGCAGCAAUGAGACCUACGUGGAGGUCUGGAAUGACUUCAUGAACCGCUCUGGGGAGGAGCAGGAAAGGGUUCUCCGCUACCUGGAGGAUGAGGGCAAGAGCAAGACGCGGAGGAGGGGGCCAGGCCGUGGGGAGGACCGCAGGAGAGAGGACCCGGCCUACACACCCCGUGAUUGCUUCCAGCGCAUCAGCCGGCGUCUGAGAGCCGUCCUCAAGCGGAGCCGCAUUCCCAUGGGAACGCUGGAGACCUGGGAGGAGCGGCUGCUGAGGUUUUUCUCAGUGUCUCCCCAGGCCGUGUACACGGCCAUGCUGGACAGCAGUUUCGAGAGGCUCCUGCUUCAUGCUGUCUGCCAGUACAUGGACCUCAUCUCAGCCAGUGCGGACCUGGAAGGCAAGAGGCAGAUGAAAGUCAGCAAUCGGCACCUGGACUUCCUGCCCCCGGGGCUGCUCCUGUCUGCGUACCUGGAGCAGCGGAGCUGAUGGCAGCCCCGCCCCUCCCCGCCACCCCGAGCCGAGUACUGAGUAUUUACGGACGGACGUGCUCUCUCUCCGGCCCCUUCCCUGUCCACCUGUCCCCUUAAGCGCUGGGGGCUGGGGCCGCGCCAGACUGGCCUGGCCUUGCCCCUCCUGCUCUGUAUUGCAGCCAGGAGACCCGGCCUGGUCACCUCCGUGUUCCUUUCUUCUGCUUUUCCAGCCCCGUUUGAAGCCUAAGCGGGGAGUGAGAGGCUGGGUUUUUAUCACUUUUAAUGAAUUUGGCAUGAUUUGUUGUACAUUUUUAAAUUUCCCUUUUGGGAAGAAAAACCAAACACUUGCCCCAACUGAUAAAUGGGGGGCUUUGUUCUAGUCUCUGCUUUAACCCCCCACCCAGUUUUUUGCUUGGUUGGUGGUGGGGGGGGGGUCCCUCGGGCUCUGCCCCUUUUUCCAGGAGUGUUCUGUCGUGUGUGCGUGCGUGUGUGCGCCUGUGUGUGCGUGUGCCCUGCAACCCUGGACAGAAGCUACAUCUUAGAGGCUGAUCUUACCACCGUUUGGAAUGUGUAUUCUCCCCUGGUGGCUUUUGGUGGCUCUUGGGGCCCUCUCUGGUCUACACACCUCCUCCCUUCAUACUGGGGGAUUGGGACUUCCAGCCAGAAGCCUCUGCCCUCGGACUGCCCCAUUCUCCUUGCUGUGUCUCCUUGCUCCCUCCCCCAUCCGGCUCUGGCCUGUUGCCUUGGGGUGUCCUUACACUGGUCACCCUGGCAUGUCCCACAGGAGCAGAGCUGGGGGACACCCCUCCUGUGUGUGUGGCUAGUUGUGCUUUGGGAAAAGUGGAGAAUUCAAUAAAUUUCUGGUGCUCUGGUCA